UUAUUUCAAAUUAUGAAAACUCGAAAACGUAAUAAAAAAGGGUAAAUGUAUAAAACAAACUCCUAUAUUAAUAAAGUAAUAAGAAACCUAAACAAUAAAAUUAAAGAAUUAUAAAAUACAUAACACUAAGAUAUAAAUUGUAUAUUUAAAUUUAUAUAAUAAUAUCAAAAUUAAAUAUUUAUAAAAUGAAAAUAUAUCCGCACAGUGUGCGGAAUAAACUCUAGUUUUUUUAUUAUUAUAAAGUAUUUAUAAUCCCCAUUCUUCUUUGCCUAGCCCGUACCUAGAACGUAAAGUCAAUAGUGUCCACAUAAAACUACAAUAAUCUAAUAAGAUGCUAUAUAUCAUCAAAUGCGCAUGUAUAUAUUAGUUACUAGAAUCUCACAUAUUUAAAGAGCCUUUUGUAUUGGUCCUUUCAGUUAAUGGUAAAAUGGUUUGCAGGCAAGUUGGCUUUUCAAAGAAUCUUAGAAUCAACCGUUUAGUUAUUGUGUUUGUUGUUCUGGCUUUUACAACCUUUUUGUAAAUUAAACUAAAGAAUAUUUAUCAAUUCUUAAAUGUGUACGAAAUGGUCUAAAAUCAAAGUAAAUGUGAAAAACACGUAGCCAUAGUAAAUAACUCUCCAACUACCAUGUGCCAUAAGUAUUUACUUCACCACUAUCUUCAACCUCUAUCAUCAAAAAUAAUAUAUCUUGAAAAUUUAUAAUAAUAUGAAAUCAUAUAAUUAGUUUGAGCUUUUUCCAAAAAUUGUUUUGUUUCCAUACAAACCUAAAAUUAUAUGAUCAGGUCACUAAACACAUUUAAAAGAUUCAAAUCGUGGAAGCUUGCGAUUGAUUGGAUGGUCCAAAACCUUUGAAUUAUUCCCCAAAAUUGGGUCAUAUAUUGUGUGUUAAAACCUGGAAUUAAAACAUGUCUUAAACCCAAUAAAAACAUAUAUUUUAUUUCUCCGACCGGCUAGGUCCAAAGCACAUCUAGACAUGGCAAUCUCCUAUUGGUUCUUACCUUCAUUCAUGAUUAAUAUAAAAUUUGAUGAUAUUUGUGAUGAAUAUUUCUUAAGUAAUGUUUAGACGAAUUCAAUGGAUACAGCCGUUAUAAAAGCCGUUGCUUUUUCCUUUGUGUAUUAUAAAAAUCUCACCUUUACAAAACUCAAUUGCAGCCAUAGAUCUCUACUUCGAUCCUCUCAUGGAAUCCAAGCCCCUCGGCCUAAACCAGCUCACACCAUACCAAACAUACCAGAUUCAGAAGCAGCUCAACCAUAGGCGCAGCACAACCUCAACCCUCUCUCCAAACCAAAUCCUAAUGAAGAAACUCUCACCUUCUUCCUCCAACUCCCAGAAGCUCUACAAAGGCGUAAGGCAAAGGCAUUGGGGAAAAUGGGUCGCUGAGAUCCGUCUGCCUAAAAGCCGGACCCGGCUCUGGCUCGGAACGUUUGGAACCGCCGAGGAAGCUGCCUUGGCUUAUGACCAAGCCGCUUUUCAAAUCCGUGGAGAUAUCGGAAAGCUUAACUUCCCAGACAUCAAACACGAAGAGAUCAAUUCUCUCCCUUCCUCUGUUGAUGCCAAGCUCCAAGCUAUUUGUCAGAGUUUGAGAAACACAGAGGAGACUUGCUCUGUUUCGGAGAAAUCAGAAGACAUGUGCUCUGUUUCGGAUAAAACAGAGCUUUUCUUGACAAAAACAGAGCAUAUGGAAAUGAAAUUCUCCGAUGAUUCACCAAGAACCGACAAGAACUCGUUGUGGGAUGAGUCUAAAUUGGAAUCUUCGUAUUCAGAACAGGGCAUAACGUUCCUAGAAUUCUCGGAUUCUGAGUUCGACGAGAUUGGGAGAUUCGGACUUGGGAAGUUUCCUUCGGUGGAGAUCGACUGGGAUGCGAUUAGCAAAUUUUCUGAAUCAUAAUGCUUACGAAGUAUUUUUCCUUUGUUGGUCGUUUAGUGUGUAGAUAAUCUCCAUGUGUUGGUUUGGCUCGGUAAGUUUUAAAGUCCUUGCCGUUUAACUAACCGUAGAAAAUCUACUUAUCCGAAAACAACAGUUAUGUAAUUUUCUUUUGUUUUAUACUUCACUAGCAUAAACCCGCCCGUAGGGCGGGCGAGCAAGUGAAAAGUAAUUGAAAUUAUGUUAUAUUUUAAUAUGUGUAAAUAUUUUCAAUUUAUUCUAAACUAAAAAUAAAGUUAAUCUUUAAUAUCUAUUUUAGUUUUUAUUAAAAACCAAAGACCUGAUAAAUUAAUAAGAAAAUAUUUUUCAUUAAUGUAAUUUAUUUUACCUUUUUUAUCUUUGCUAUACCUUUAUUAAAAAAGUAAGUAAAUUACUUGUGAUUACAGUUGAAAUUUAAUAUACAAAUCAUGAAUUAUUUCAUUCUUAUAUAUAUAUAUUUUGAAUAUGUUGAUAUUUUUCUUUUCUUUUAUAUAUUUUAAACCUAUUCAUGAUUUAGAUAAUGUGAAAAAUGAAUCAAUUUAAAAGUUGUUUCUAAGGUUAGUUAAAUAACAUAACAAUUCAAAAUUGAUUGUUUAAGAAUAUAUAUAUUUUAUCAAAUUAACCAUACCAUCCAAACAGAUUAAGAUUAUUAAACAAAUAUUGUUUUUAGAGUAGAAUUGGCUGUUAUUUUUAUUUGAUUACCUUUUGAAUAUAAUUAUUUAUUAUUAAAUUUUGUUGUUUUAUUUUCAUAAUAUUAUAUUUUGAAUAGAUAUAUUGCGUACUAUAUUUUUGGACUGAGUAACAUUGAUUUACUGAAUAACUAUGUUAAAUAAUUUUUUUAUAAAAGUAUAUUAUUAUGAAAUUAAUUAUCUAUUAGAGUAUAUUGGUAUAAUAUAAAGUUAUAAGGGUAGAUUCAAACCAUAAUUACUUUGAGAUCAUAAUAUGCAGAUUUUGAUGCUAUAAAAGAUAAUGUAUCUUUACGGUAUUUAAACCAAUUUUUUUUGCUUAAGUUCAUAAAGAACUUUGGUAAGCAUAUAAUUUUUUUUUAGUAAAACUUGGUUAAACUGCUCGGUUGACCAACUGGUUUAGAGAGAUAUAGAGAAUCUUAAAAUUUACUGAACCAACUCUGCAUCCAUGUUUGUAUUUCUCUUCUGAUUGUCCUCUGCUGUUACCAUUUUUGUUGUUGUUGUAAAACCUCUGUUGUUACUUCUCGGACAGAGCCACAUAAAAAAAGCAAUUGUUGCAUACUCAUUCUUUUCUUCUACUUGAUUGGUUAAGUAGACUCAAGUCCAAAAUAGUUUACAAAGCUUUCAUGAGUCAAAAUAUAGACACGUAUAAACAUUAUCUUACCAACUCUACUAUUUUCUUUUUUUUUGUUUUUGGUAAAAUUUACAAAAUUAUGCUUAUCUUACCAACUCUACUAUUUUUCGUUUUGUUAAAAUUUACAAAAUUAUCUUACCGUGGAACAUGUAAAAUAUGUAAUCAUUUAUAUUUUUUAUUGUUUUCCUUUAUCCCUCAUCUUUGUUGUUGAGGAACGUUACCCCAUAGUCUAAUACUCUAAUCUCUGUUGACCUUUUUGCUCUCCUACCUUGGCUUUGUAAGAGGAAUGCCAUUGACAAUGGCCCCAGCUUUGCGCACAGCAAGGAUACCAUUGGAUCAAGCUGUGUACGAAAAGAAGAACCAAGAUGGCCAGAAUCAUCUUUCAUCUUUCAUUAUUUGUUAACACUUUUUUUAAAUCGUAACACUUCUUUCACUAACAGCGUAGUUUUUCACCUUAUAGACACACCCUUCCCAAGGUACUCUUUUCCACCAUCCAUGAGCUCAAGAGCCUCGCAGAUACCAAUGAAAGCUCCACUCGAAACGUUGACACCCCUAUACCGUUAUCAGAUAAAUAUCCAUCAAUCAUGACUUUCAUUUAUAUGAAUCCAAAUUAAUCACUAAUAAACAAUUAACGUGAGACCAAAGAACAUAUCCAAAUCAUGAAAUCUAGGUGAAGGAUCAAUGAAAACAGAACCGCCGCAAGAAUCAUCUAAACAUUAUCAAGACCAUAAUCGAUGAACGACCCUCCAUCAUCUUCUCACAAUAUGUAUUCACACUAUCUAAAGCCUAAAGGACACAACAUUGGUAUGUUUUCUAAUCUUUAUUAAGUGCAUAUAUAUAGGAGUUUACCAUAGUGUAUUGUCGUUUUGCUUCAAUGGAACACACAUGGGGCUUCUGCCGCAGAACCUUUUCGAAUUCAUGUAUAUGACACUUCAAGUACCGCUCGAUGGUUGUAAUAUCCAUAACUUACCAGGAUGACUUUCCUAGGAUCUCGAUAUAUAUAUGCCUUCCAUCUUUAUUAAUUCCACGAUUCAUUUCAGGAUAGUGCAUUAUGAUGUUCUCCAAUUCUUUGAACCUGUAAUCAUGUUCCGAGCAAUAAAGCCAAAAACGUUAUUAACUUGGGCUUGCUACUACGUACUCCUUUCUGUUACAUCUAAUGACCAAAUAUAAUAUCCAGUUACCUUUAUAAUGUGAUCUGUUCCAACUUCAUUUUUCCAUUUAAACAUGUCUUCCCAUCGUCGAGGAGGUUUACAUUUCAACGGCAUAGAUAGAAACUUGGAGGCAAGACCGCUGUCGCUGUAACAUCCUCGGAGGAAGGAGAUCUUAACUUCUGCUUUCGGAGAAUGUUGAACUCGAGGAAUUUAGAACCUCCGGUAUUCUUCAAUUUGGCGGCGACCAUAUGCUCGUGAGGUAACGAACUGAGGCAAGCAAUGUAAGUUAGCAGAAAUAGAUUAAAAAAAUUGGGAGAUGGAGAUCCAAUCGAACCAAUGUAAAGAAUCAAUCUCAUGGUCGAUGAUGAUUGAUUUAUAUAACUAGUUUGGGAGAGGGGAGAAGUUGAAGAGAGUUGAAUACUUUAAGUUCCUUAAUUUUAGAGCGCAAUAAUGGAGGAAGAUGGGUGAUGUUGGAGAUGUGUAACGAAGGUGACGAUUUGUUAACCGAAGUAAGUUUGACAGAGAUCUCGAAGAGUCGAGGACGAUGACUAUUGUAUCUGACGUGUCUACACCAUAGAUCUCCUAUUUCCACCCUGUCAUCCAACGUGUCCUCACAGGAGAGAAACAAUCUCUUCUUUAUAUAUAAAGAUUCCUUUCAAAAUGAUGUCUUGAAGUUUUUUUUUUUUUAAUACAUACAUUUUCAUUGUGUUUUUGUUAUAUAAUAAUGAUAAAUUGUAAACUUCGAAGAAACUAGUUGUGUUUUCUGAAUUUCGAUUAGCUAAAAAUGGUGAGAAAUAGUUAAUCAUAAUAAUAAUACAUCCAUAAUCAAGCUUUUAAGGACACAAGAAUUAAGAAAUCCACUUUCACCUUAAAAAGUAACACUAAAAAUAUAAAUUAAAAUUACUUUAACCAAUCAAAACUUUUUUUUUAUAAAGUCUCAUUGUUCACACGGUAUCUAAUAAAAGUAAAAUUAACAUAAAAAUAUAAAAACAUCAUUUAUUUUGAAACAUAAAAACUCUCUAAAACAUCAUGUAUUUUGGAACAGAUAGAAUAUUAUCUUUAAAAAAAACUUUGUGAGAAAUACUUGUAAGAUUGAUUCUUGAUUUCGUUCUUCUUAUAUGUACAUAAUGGACUCCAAUGAAACUAAGACCCAUGAAGUCACUAAGUAAAAUAAGUCGACAUCAUUCCCGUUUUCACAAACAAUACUUGUUAAUAGCAGUGAUUGUGUAUCUAUUUGAGUUUUAAGGCGACUGUGUGGACUCUAUUUUAAUAUUUGUGCUCCCUCUUAUAUGUAUUCCUAGUAUUUUAAUUUUUAACUAGUUUUUACCGCAUUACAUUGGACCAAAAAUGGUGCAUAUUUACAAUAUCUUGUAGAGUUUUGUCUUUUUAACAUUUAAUGUACGGGAUUGGCUGAGAUUGUGAUACUGAUACUGUGAUAAAUGCGAUGUCCAGUUAUGACCAUGGAAACUUAUCAUUUAUGUUUUUCUUCCAGUUAUGGUAAACUAUAAAUUGAGUGCAUGCUGCAUUAUUGUUUGGAAAAUAUGUCUGGAAAAGAACAACCAAUUAUUAAUCGGGUCUCUUAUUAAUCUCUAACUAGAUUAAGACCCGUGCUUUCGCGGAAUAAACAUUAUAUAUAUAAAUUAUUUUAUGUAUAAUAUGUUUUUAUAUAUUAUAAAAUAAUAAAUAUAUAUUGAAUAAUUAAAAGUCAGUAACUAUUACAUAUAUAAAUAAACUGGUGCAAACAUAUAAAUUAAUUUUAUUAAUCCAAACAAUAUUUUUUCUAUUCGAUAAGAUAUAUAAUUAAAUUUAAAUCAUAAUAACAUCCAUAGUAUAUUUUUAAUAUUAAUGUCUAUUAAAUUAUGUUUUUUACUCAUAAAGUUUUUUGAUCACUUGUAUUUUUUAUAGCAAACAUUUUAAAUUACUCUUUCAUCACCUGGCUAGCCAUCCGUGAUAGGCUCUCCACCGGUCGUCGUACAAGCAGUUGGGGUCAACCGCAGUGCUGCAUUUUCUGUGGGGAACCAGAUGAGACAAGAGAUCACAUGUUCUUUGCUUGUCCCUAUACGUUUAUGGUUUGGUUGAAAGUGACAGAGAAUCUAUUUGGAUUGGAUCCUGAUCCUGACUGGGACAUAACUCUGUCUCGUCUGCUCAUGGGUUCGUACGAUCACCUCACCUUUAUCCUUCUGAGACUGGUCUUCCAAGUGUAUGUUUACCUAAUCUAGUGUGGGCGUAAUGAAAGAAAACACAAAAGCAGCAACAAGUCAGUGGACCAGCUAGCAAAGUUGAUUGAUAAGACUGUAAGGAACCGUAUAACUUCCCUCAAGUACACUUGCAACCCGCGACUGCAGGGCCUGAUGAUCCGAUGGUUUGAAGCACACGAAAGUACAACUUAGGGGGGAUUAGUGGGAGAUUGAUUUUUAAAGAGUUGAAGAAUUUAAAGAUUCUAGUGUUAUUGGUAACAUGAUUCUUAAAGUUCUAAAAAGUUUGGUGUUAUUGGUGUGGUGAUUUUACAAUUCCAUAUAAAUCUUUUGUUAUUCAAAAAGUUAAGUAUUUUUAGAUUUUGUAAUUCUAUUAAAUUGUGGUGUUAUUGGAACAAUGAUUCAUUAUAUUUUAACUCACUACUCAAGACUUUCAAAAUACUAGACUUAACCCAUGUAUUCUCAAAGUUGAGAUGACAAAAUCAAUAAUCUCUUUAUCAAACAUGCAAAUAUAAUACGUGAGAAGCAUUAUCAAUUCCAUAUAAUCUCUUUUAUCAAACAUGCAUGUAUAUAACUAUAGAUUCCAUGCACAGUCACACUACAACACAUCAAAAUGAUAAACCUAGAAUUCUUUUAUACACUACAAUACGUUGAAUUCCCUCCACAAGCAACUCUAUUAAAACCUUGGUUUCCUCUGAAUUUCAUAGGCUAUACUGAUUUUUUUCUUUAUCACCCAUUGCAAUCUUAUGUGAAGUUAAUCAAAUAUUAGUAAGAACAUACACACAAAAAUAUUUUAUCACAAACAAACAGGUAAACAUCAAAGUUCUUGCUAGUAGUCUAAACAAAUAAAAUAAUGAAAGCAAACAUAAAUUUGAAAGUAACAAAUAUAACAAUCAAACCAUUUUAAUACAUGAUAUAAUGAAAAACAGAAAAAUAUAUCAUAAAAAAAAA